CUGCACGCUCGGCUCUCUAGGCUUCGUUUAACUCCGUGGUGACGGUGGCCGAGGUGGCCAGCUGAUCUAAAAAGGGUGGCGGGAGUUGCUCCACUUCCUCGCCAGUUCUCCAGGGUCUGCAGGUGGCUCCCCGGUGACCUGGCUGGGAAGGGCUCUCAGGUGCCCGGGCCCCACUGCAAAGGUGUUUCGUGAUCCACGGGAGCAGGUGUUGACCCCAGGAGCAGCCCUUAGGGCCGAGAGUGCACUGGAAGAUGCCCCUCCUAAACCAACAGAUCCAAGAUGAGAAUGAUUACAGCUUGGUGGCCAGCCUCGACAACGUUAGGAAUCUCUCCACUAUCUUGAAGGCUAUUCAUUUCCGAGAACAUGCUACGUGUUUCGCUACUAAAAAUGGAAUCAAGGUUACAGUGGAAAAUGCAAAGUGUGUGCAAGCAAAUGCUUUUAUUCAGGCUGGAAUAUUUCAAGAGUUUAAAGUUCAGGAAGAGCCUGUUACUUUUCGAAUUAAUUUAACUGUCCUUUUAGACUGCUUAUCUAUUUUUGGAUCAAGUCCUAUGCCAGGGACUUUAACUGCACUUCGAAUGUGUUACCAAGGUUAUGGUUACCCUUUGAUGCUAUUUCUGGAAGAAGGAGGAGUGGUGACAGUCUGUAAAAUCAAUACUCAGGAGCCUGAGGAAACGCUGGAUUUUGAUUUCUGCAGCACCAAUGUUAUUAAUAAAAUCAUUCUGCAAUCAGAGGGUCUCCGUGAAGCAUUUUCCGAAUUGGACAUGACAAGUGAGGUCCUACAGAUCACCAUGUCUCCUGACAAGCCUUAUUUUAGGUUAUCUACUUUUGGGAAUGCAGGAAGCUCCCACCUUGACUAUCCCAAAGAUUCUGAUUUGAUGGAAUCAUUCAAUUGUAAUCAGACCCAGGUCAACAGAUACAAGAUUUCUUUACUGAAACCCUCUACAAAGGCAUUAGUCCUGUCCUGUAAGGUAUCUAUUCGGACAGAUAACCGAGGAUUCCUCUCAUUACAGUAUAUGAUUAGAAACGAAGAUGGACAAAUAUGUUUUGUGGAAUAUUACUGCUGCCCUGACGAAGAAGUUCCUGAAUCUGAAUCUUAAGUAUGACAAUGCAUUGUGACGUUUAUGUGUACAUUCAUGACAGGUCAUGUGCUUGUUCUGGGUUUAGUACUCUUCAUGAUUUGUUGUUGGAUUUUCUCAAGGGAAGAAGCAUGGAGAAGAUAGGAGCAAGAUCCCUGUACCCUCAUAGUUGCUGUGUAUUUUGUAAGUGUUUUCACAGUGUCAUAGAUUAUCCAGUACCAGACUGUCCUGUGGUUCUGUCCUUUGAACUCAUGGGAAUAAUUUUGAGCCAGGAUGAAUAAAUUAUAUAUUCUAUUUAAGUUGGA